GGACGUCUGUUUGAUCUGCUACCUGGUGCCGAGCUGACCCCAACAAAUCCUAUAACAUUGAAACCACAGAAUUUUAGAUCACCUCCACAGAUUUUGGAAGAAGUGUGCCAGAAAAACCACUGGGGUUUGCCAUUGUAUCAACUGCACUCAGCCAUACAACGUGAUGCUACAACCAACACAGACACACAGUUUUUCUUGUUUAAGGUGACAAUUCCAGCUAUACCUUCUCAGACAGUACAACCAAAUAAGUUGUGUCGCACAGUUGAGGAGGCCAAAAUAUAUGCAGCAGAGUAUACUUUGAUGCAACUUGGCAUACCUAUCGAAAGUUCUGAGCUACAUAUAGCACCAGUUUCUGCCAGCACUUACCAAGGACGUCCAUUAGCUCCUACUAUUCCUAUUGCUCGUGAGGUCCAAGUGCCUAUAACAUCUACUACCCCAUCAUAUGUUGUUGGAAAAGUGAUCCCAGUCAAUUAUUUGUGUGACAAAAUUCUCCAAAUAUGGUACAUAAUUCUAGUGAGUCACAUUGGACAAACAUCUCUUACUGAAUCAGUAUAUCAUUCGUAUUGA